UGACAGAAAAUCGAUUUCUUUCGUUUUUGUUCAAUUUUAGUUUGUUGAAGGCGGUUGUUAAUUUCAUUUUGUUUUUAUUUUUAUUAUUUACUGAGAUAAUGGAUUUCGGUAAUACAAGUGGAAUACGAAGUCCCUUUUCCCCACGGGUGAGACAAGCUAUCACAGGAAGGCGGAACAUUGGUUCAGCUAAAAAGAAUCCAAGCAAAUUCCUGCAAUCCCAAGAUGCCCCAAAUGGAGGAGAUGUUAUCUACAAGACACCAUUAUGUUCGCUGGAGACUUAUGGGAUGCCGCUGCCUGUUAUGGUCACUGAAACCCUCACAUUUGCAAGCGGGGAUGUGAGUGUCCGAUUAUCAGCGUGCGGGUGGUGCUGGUUGGUUGUGGGGCGCCGCAUCCUGGCCUGGCCUCGGGAACCCAUGGCUCCAUCUGGAUUGUCGUCUCCUUCUGUGGCCGCUCCUGCUGCUGCCCGGGAACUCACUCUGCCACAGACCGAUCUAGCUCAUAAAGCUGAUUUGGUGGUCAUUUUUUAUGAGGAGGGAGCUCAGAUGCCGUCGUGUAUCGGCGUGUCGCCGGAGGGCACGGCGCGCUACUGGCCGAGCGUGGCGCAGGAGCGCGGCUACGUCGACGUCAGCGCGGAGCUGGCGGGGCAGGAGUGCGACAGACUCGGCGAGCGCACGAGCGCGGGGCUGGUGCUGGCCACCACCACCUGCACCGUGGUGCUGCUCGACCCUGUCGUCGUCGAGGGCCGCGCGAGCGUGCAGUGCCGCACGCUGCGGCCGCCGUCGGGCUGGCUGGGCGGGCUGGGCCGCCGCGUGUCGCUGCUGUUCUUCGGCGCCAUGCCCGCGCACGCCGACACUAAGUUGGUAGGCGUGGUGGUGCUGGAGUCGGACGCUGAAGGAGCGCCGAGCGUGGCGCUGGUGGCGGGCGGCGGCGGCGGGCCGCUGCUGCAGCUGUGGCGCGGCGCGGAGCUGCACGGACACGCGCUCCGCAGGCAGCUGCACGCGCACGCACACGCGCUCUCCGCCGCGCAAGGUGACGUGAACAGCGUGGACAUAAUGGCCCUGGACGUGCGCGCGGCGGGCCCGCACGGGCUGCUGCUGCUGCUGGCGGCUGUCAACGUCAGGGCGCCGGACAUGAGAUAUGCUAUAGCGCACGUGUCCGUGGAAGACCCGACGAACCCCCGCGUGACGUCACUGGUGUCGCUGCGCACGGGCCCGAGCGCGGGCGUCGACCCCGACCUGCUGCCCCGCUUCCUGCCGCUCAACGGCCGCGUGCUGCUCUACUCGACCAACUACGUCGCGCUUGUGUCGAGUACAGGCGCCAACGACAAGUCAGAAUACAUCGACGUGUCGUCAGAAAACGACCGCAUUCUCGGCGCGGAGCUGUGCGGCAGCUCGCCGCUGGUGUUCAGCAGGAAGCACGGCGUGCUGGCCCUCGUGCUGGACGACAGCGGGCCGCGGGCCCGGCCGGUGGCCGACACGCCGCUGUCCUCCGUGGAUAUGUAUGACGACAGUCUGUCCUUGUAUGAGAUCGAUCCGCACGAGGUGAGCGCGGUGACGACAGACGCGUGCGGGAAACUCAAGACGGCGUUCCUGUUCCAUGUGCGGCGCGACAACGAGGCCGCGCGGCGCGCGCUCGCGGAGCUGUGGCCCGCGGCGGGGGAGGGGGAGGAGGGCGGAGAACUCGACGCCACCGUGCUGAAGAUCGCCACGGAGAUACUGGACGACAUACCCGCGGGAGACCCCAGAUGGAAACAACGCGUGACCGGGCAGUCGGCCAACAUAGCGCUGGGCAGCUCCGCGGCGCUGGAGACGGCGGCGCAGCUGCGCGACAAGCAGCGCGCCUUCUCGCUCUUCGUGGAGUUCCUGCGCGGCGCCGGGCUCGGCGGCGGCUGGCGGCGGCCCGCUGAUGACAUGGACGAGUCGGUGAUCAGCACAGAGUCUGCGCUGUGCCGGCUGUCGGAGAAGCUGGCCGCGGCCGCGGCGCUGAGGCGGCUGCACCGCGGCUCGGCCGCGCAGUUGAUCGAUGCCGCCAUUUACCAGGUGGUGUGCGGAGAGUCUGCGGGCGAAGAAGAUCCAGAGACGGAAGCGGCGCUGGCUUCGGGCGCGCUGACGCCGGCCGACGUCUGUUACCGCCGCGUGUCCAAGAUUGAACGCGUGUUGCGGGCCCUGGCUAAGGCGAACAGCUUGGAUAUCAUCACGACGGUGCUGACGGAAAUGCAAGCCGCGCGCGCCGCGUGGCCGCAGCCGCAGCAGCAGCACUCGGCCGUCGCACUGACUCUGCUGCCCGCGCUGCUGGACCUGCACAAGCGGACUUUCACACAAUACCUGGGCAACUGCAAAGACGCCACGUCGCGCGCGGCGCUGCUGCAGGCGGCGGCGGCGCUGGCGGAGCUGCUGCUGAGCGCGGCCUGCGCGCUGCCGGCGUCGCGUCGCGCUCGCGUGCGCGCUCUGCUCAUACAGCCCUUCCUGGAGGAAGGUCAGAUCUCACGCGCGGCCGCCCUGGCAGAAAAGUUCCAACAUCUGGAGCUGCUCAUCGAGAUAUGUAUCUCCAGCGACGACUCCGAUAGACUGUACGCUUACAUCGACAAGUACAUCAACGAGGGCAUGUGCGAGAAAGCGUUCGCGUGGCUGUGCUCGCGCUCCGGGAGACUCCGCGCGCUGCUGCUGCGGCGGCUGGGGCGCAGGUAUCCGGAGCGGCUGGUGAGCUGGCUGUCAGCAGCGCCGCAGCCGCCGCGGCCGGCGCUGCUGGCGCUGCAGCAGCUGGCGCGCGGCCGACACCGGCUCGCGGCCGAGGCCUAUGCGGCGCUCGCGCAUGACGAGACCGACUCCAACAACAGGAUGGCUACGAUGGCGUCCCUUGCUAAACUGUGCCUCGUAGCGUCAGACGAAGAUCAACCGACUGAACUUUGGAAUAAGAUCGAGAGUCGCCUGGCACUGAGCGAACAACAUACAGCAUUACCACGUGACAUUAGAGUACAUAAUGGACUGGAUUCUGAAGAUACCAGAGUAUUACCACCUGAGGAUUUAGUGCAGAUGUACAUCGACAGCGAGAGCCAGCUGCUGUCGGAGUACGACUACAAGAAGGCGCUCGACCUCACCGACUACAUCACCGACGUGGAGCGCCGGGACGAGUUGCGGUUGAAGGUGUGGAGCGCGAGCGCACGCGCGGCGCGCGAGGCGCUCAGCGCGCGCGCGCAGCCCCGCGACCUCACCUUCUUCCGGCUCGCGGACCUCGCGCGGGCCAUGGGCAGCGACCUGGAAGUGCUGUUGCCGCCGGUGGAGGACAUCCUCGCGGCGCCGGAGCUGCAGCACCUCAGCGCCGACCCGCGCUUUUGCUACAUCAUGAAGUACGGCUACGAGUGUCUGCGCAACACUGACGCUGACUAGCCGCACCCGUUUCACCUCGUCUCUCAAUCGCCAUUCACCGUGAAUGGAGAUCAAGAGAUGUCUGUCAGAAGUGGGAUGUAAGGGGUACCGACGCUGGUAUAGCUACUUUUUGUUAUUACUAAUUUCGAUGACUUUUAAUACUACAUUAUCAGGAGUAUUCGAUAUUUGUUACGUUUAAUUUUGCUUAUUUAUGAAAAUGGUACCUACUUAAAUUUAAUUCGGGAUUUUUUGCUUCACAAUUUCUCAAUACGCUUUAAAAAGCUAUGUUUUAAUAUGUUCACUUCUGUUGUUGACGUUUCUUUGAAUGUAAUUUAAAAAUGAUUAUAAUAAUAUCUUAAAGGAUCACUUACAAGAAACAAUCUGCCGGCAUCAUUUCUAGAUGCACAUAUUAUUAUUCAUUAAAAAAAUUCACUGAAUUUUCCAACAUGUCCUUUAAUUCAACUACAUUUAGUUUUCAAUAUAUGCAUUAAAUUUGAAAGUCCGUUGUUCAAUAAUUAAUGAAAGUAGACAAAAGUAAGUACACUGUUUUUAUAAAAAAGUCAUAAAUGAAAAAAAAAAUUAGGACUUAAGGUUAAGGGUAAGUUAAUUUAAGAUACCAAUUUUGAUGGGUUUUUAAGAUCAACCUAAUGUUGAUGUGUUAUUUUCUCUAAAUAAAUUAUAACGAUAGACUCGAAGAUUUUAUCAUUUAUUUUAUUUUUAUAUAUUCAAGCAGAACAUAAUCUUAAUACCAAGUCUAAAAUGCGUUACAAAAACACAAUAUAGGUUCUGAAUUGAACUAAAAUAUUUAUACCUACUUAUAUAAUUUUAAAGUCUGAUGUUAUCGACCAGAAUCUCAUUUCAAUUUUAAUUUGAAGAAAAUAAUACAUGAACAUAUUACUCACCAUUCGAUAUGUUAGUCAGACUGAUUUAGACGUAAGUUUUAGCUCUAAGCUUUAGCGUGUAAGCUAGGUCUUAUUUAUAACCUCAAUGGAAAGAAAAAUGAAAGUUUAACAAACGUCGUGCCAGCUGACUUGUAAACAUAGAUUUAAGAUUCUAUUUCGCCAAAAACUGAAGCAAAAUGUAUCCAGUCGCAACGCAAAUUUGAACUUUAUUAAUCGAUGUGAUGUUUCUUUUUUUCAUUGAAUACUAAAAAAUAAAAUUCAAUAUAUAUAAACAACAACUAGUUAUUACAGUUUUAUUGAGUUAAUUGUGAUUAUUGGGUCCCAUGACGUCCCGUAUUACGUCAUGGUGUUCAUGGAGUCGAAAUAACACCGUUUUUGGUGUCCGGUCAAAAAUUAUCCAUAUUUAGUGUAAAGUGUUUGACCUUCGUGGUAUAGUGGUCAAAAGGUCUAAGCGCGGGCAGGCUAUUGUACUAAACAAUUUUCAGUAUUUAUGUGACAAACGUUUCUGUUACGUAAUAAUAUUAAAUAUUAUCAUUUGUCCGCGGCUCCGCCUGCGUGCAUUUCCCACGGGGACAAUUAUUUUUAUUCCGAUAUGUCCUCAGUAUUUCAAACUUCGUAUUGUACGCAAAAUUUCUAAAAGAUUUCUUGAGCAUAUAAAGCGUCAAGAGUAAACAAACUUUCGCAUUUAUAAUAUUAGUUAGGAUAUUUCAUAACACACACCUACAACAUAAAUGAUUGAAGUUCAAUUUAUGUUGUAGAAUAUGUAUAUAACUCGUGCACAUCUUUUAUGAAGAACUCUUUAUUGUCGAUAAAAUGUGCUGAUAACACUUCUCCUUCUUCGAGUCGACCAGCCUAAUGGUGCCGUAACACUGUUUUCUAGUCACGUGGUAAAACAGAUGUAUCGUUUUCUAGUGAGCGAGCGAGAUGACAAUGUUGACGUAAAACGACAGAAUACGUACGUAAAUCCCAGGACGUUACCAGAAAAGGAUUCAGUCCUUUACUCCAGUCUCAUUCCGUUUACUUCCAAAAACCUGGGAAGAUUAUCAUUUUGGUUUUUGGCAUUUUAUUCGUAAAAUUAUGAUAUACGUCUUCAAUUUUAAAAAUAUGUAUUAUUUUCUUUCACGGCGGGUUAUUUUAACCACUUUACCAAUUCACGUGUUGACUACUACUAAGUCAUUAUUUUUUUAGGUUUCCUUUGAUUUUACUAAUCAUGUUUGUAAAAGAUAUUUAAUCCAUAUGAUUGACCCUAUCGAUUAAUGUAAUAUAAUACAGGUUGUUUCUCAAAACAUAGUCCUGUAUUUUUACGAUAUCAAUCAUUAAGGUAAAUCAUAAGGAUCAAAUAUUCUCUUAUAAAUAUUGUUAAUUAAAUGGAAGGAAUUAAUAGAAAAUCUUAAGUUUGUAUUACAGAACCAUUCACACCAAUGAUCAAAUUGGCCGAAACUGCAUUACAGUAAUUAUGUUAUUGCUUUUCUGUGAUUUAAAAUAAUGUUUUGUGAAUUCUGAAUAAAAAUUUUGAAACGAUUAAAUCGUUUCUGCCUCUAGCUUUUUGGGAAGAAGCGGGAAGAUUGGAAUUUUACCCGGUUAAAACUCAGAAAAUUUUCAGACCGCCCAACAUUUUUUUUCGGUUCCAAAAGUAGUUUUUAUAUUUUUUAUAAAUUAAUUUCUUAAGUUAGCCCAUAGGGCACUUUAUAUGUGUUAAUAAUUCAUCUUAUUGUGUAUUCGUAUUUGUUGCUGUGUUUUGUGUUAACCGUAUGUAAUCGUAAAGUCAUUUGAAUGCCAUUGUUUUGUUUAAUAAAUUCAUUAUUAUUUUGUAA